AUGGCCUCGCAGCCUCCGGCGGGCUCUGGACCUUUGCCGGCCUCCUCGGCCGGCCCUGAUCGAGGCUCCAGAGCCCCUCUGGAGCCGUCCCCAACCUCAAGGGCUAAACGCCGCCGCGGUACCGAGGCCCAGCUAUCCCAGCCCAGCCUCGCGGGAAGCCAGCCUGACGCCUCUACGACAACCCCCUUAACGGCUAAGGGGCCCUCAACCGUGAAUGGGAUAGCUGCUGGAGCUAUCCUUACAGCCCUUAACGAAGAGGCUAAGCACUAUGAAGCCCGAAAGGAUGUCUUUAUGGCUAUCGCCCAGUCUGUGGAUAACGUGGUCUCUUGCUUUGAGGGACCUAGGAAGCAGAUCGCGAAGGAGGCUACAACCUAUGUGAUCCAAGCCUUGAAGAGGAUUAUGUGGAAUGAGUCUGCAGCCCCGAACCCAAGCCGGAACUGGGCUGACGUGGCGGCCUCAGCUGCAACUGCAGCUGCAGCCCCAGCCCCGGCCCCAGCCCGCACCCGGAACCCAAUCCAGCCCCAGGCCCAGACUCAGACUCUAACCCAGCCACAGGAGGACCUCCGGGUCUUUGCCCGCAUCCCUGAGGAGGGUUUAACGGCUGCUAGGAAGCACGCCCCUUUUGCCCUUCGUCGGAAAGUCUGCCAGGCCCUUAGCCUCCAGCUGGCAGAUAUCCCACAUAUCUACCACAUUACAACUGGCUACUCGCUGGGACCUCUGAAUAAGCAGGUCCAGCAAGCCCUCCUCACAAACAAGCAGAAACUCGCUGAUAGUCUGGGAGCUUAUAAGGUUGAGUCCCCUACUAAGUGGUUUACUUAUGUCGUCCCACGCUGCCCUGCUAAGAUGUGGACUCUUGAAGGCGAUGCCCUUGACCCAGCUGCUCUGGUUGAAGACGAGGUCCUCGCCCAAACAGGGCUUAAGCCCACCCGGGCCCAACAGUCCCGCCUAGGUGUAAACCCUAUUACAAACGAGGUCUCCUGGAUUAUCUCCUUCUCUAUGGAGGUGCCGCCCUUUAGACUUUUUAACCAAAGCAGCCGGUCUCAGCUUAUUCGGAAGAAAAAGACCCUCAUCAGACAUGACCCUGGCUGCCAGGGAUACCAUUCGAACCGAUACUGUAACCGACAGCCGCUCUGUGGCAACUGCAGCAGGCCCUCAGGCUCCCAUGAGACCUGGCCCUGCACAGCUAGACCGAAGUGCGCUAACUGCGCCGGCCCCUUCCAAGCUAACCACAAGGACUGCCCAGCAAGGCCCCUGGUGGUGAACGGCUCCCCUACCCUUCCAGGUCGGAAGGAACUCUCCCAGAUCCGAAAGGCUGGACAGAAGGCCUACGAGGCCCUCUAUCAGAGCAGCCAGGCAGGUAGCCAAGCCACCUGCAACCAGCAGCCUAGCAGCAGCCUGACAAGCCCUCAGCCUGGCUCGAAGCGACCACGCGCCCCUACCCCUACCCAGGACUCAAUUAUUGUAGCGGACGUUAGCGAUACAGCAAGCUCUAGCAGUAUGGAUGAGGAUGAGAAUGAGGCUGAAGCAGAAGUCUCUGAUAACAACCCUAUCCUACCACCACUACCCACCCAGCAUAUCCCAGCUGCCUCAAGCAGCAGGGCCCAGCGGGUAGCUCAGAAGCCUGACUAUAACGUUGUUAAUGCCUACACCCACCUCGACCUCGACUCAGAGCAGUAG